AGCGCCGUGGCAUCCGGCAGUUGCUGUUCGAGGCUCGAAGGAUACGCACGGCUCUGGCGGACGACGAAAAGGACGAUUGGGCGAUAAGGACGAAGCUGGGCUGGCUAGAAUGCAACUCCCACCGAGUGUGAUGUGAAGUGAUGUGGUGAAUUUCGGCGCGAAGAGAGUCCGUACUCCGGAGUCCGGAAGAGAGCCUACCGGAAGACGAAAACUAAGAGGCUCCUACGCAGUCAAGUCGAGUCCUUGCUGGCGGUCGGUCCUUGCUGUCUCCUGUCGCGUAGGUGCAGUGCAGUGUGCCGGUAGUGUGAUGAAGUCCCCAAGAACACAAAAAAUUCUCAAGUGAAAAAGGGUUAAGAAGCAAGCAAAUCUCAAAGAUUUUAAAUGUGCCAAAAAAUUUAAAUAUUAAAUCAAUUAAAUGUGUCUGAUAAAUGCGCUCAAAAGUGAAAGCCAAAUCAAAAUUGUACAAGUCACUGCCCCGCUGAAAGGCUGAAGUAUACAAAUUCCUCAAAACCAUCUGAAAAGCUCAUCAAUCUAAGCCCAAAAUAUACAAAUAAUAUAUCAAAUAAAAUCAAAACAGAAGCCGGUAAACAUGUGGAUUAGUAGCCGCCUUUUCGUGAUUUUCCUGCUGCUCCAUCUCGAAACCACCUGCAGUGAACCCUUCGAAGCGCACUUGCGCGGUCCUGGAUUCGUGAUGGAACCGCCAGGGCGGGUGGAGUUCUCAAACUCCUCCGGCGGCUGGCUAGACUGCUCCGCCUCCGGCAGCCCGCAGCCCACGAUCGACUGGGUCCAUGCGGACGGAUCGGCCGUAACCGAGAUCCAUGGAGUGAGGCGGGUCCUGCGCAACGGCACCCUCGUCCUGAUGCCCUUCGCUGCGGCUGCCUACCACCAGGAUGUGCACAACACGAUCUACCGUUGCAUUGCCAGCAACUCCGUGGGGCGCAUCGUAUCGCGGGAUGUGCAAGUGAGGGCGGUCGUGGCACAGGCCUACAAAGUGGAUGUGGAGGUCCUGUCGGCGUCGCGCGGCUGCACCGCCAUCCUGCGCUGCGUGGUGCCCACGUUCGUCAAGGAACUGGUGCGAGUCGUCUCCUGGGUUCAUGAACCCGCUAUCUACAUCUAUCCCUCGCUGCAAGGCGAUGGCAAGUUCCACCUCCUGCCCACCGGUGAGCUGCUCAUCCACAACCUGCAGGAGAGCGACGAGUCGCAGUCGUUCCGGUGCCGCAGCAUGCACCGCCUCACCCGCCAAGUGGUGGUAUCCUCGCCCACCCGGCUGCGUAUUAAUUCGCAUCGCGGCAUCAUUUCGCCGAGCGUGGUGGAGCACACGGCCCAUGUGCAGGUGUCGCAGGACGAGGGCGCGGUGCUGCUGUGCGUCGCUCAGGGCUGUCCUUCGCCCGAAUACAGCUGGUACACCCACAACGGAGCCGGGCCCCUGCCCGUGCUGAGCGGUCCCCGGGUCCGGCUACUGGGUCCCAUCCUGGCCAUCGAGGCGGUUACCGGCGAGGACUCCGGCGUAUACAAGUGCACGGCCAGCAAUGUGGGCGGCGAGGCCAGUGCCGAGCUCCGCCUGACAGUGGCCACGCCCAUCCAGGUGGAAAUCUCCCCGAAUGUGCUCAGCGUCCACAUGGGCGGCACCGCGGAGUUUCGUUGCCUGGUGACCAGCAACGGCAGCCCGGUGGGCAUGCAAAACAUCCUCUGGUACAAGGACGGUCGCCAGCUGCCGUCGUCGGGACGCGUCGAGGACACGUUGGUGGUGCCGCGAGUGAGUCGCGAAAAUCGGGGCAUGUAUCAGUGCGUGGUGCGACGGCCCGAGGGCGAUACAUUCCAGGCCACCGCGGAAUUGCAACUAGGAGAUGCUCCGCCCGUGCUCCUGUACAGCUUCAUCGAGCAGACUCUGCAGCCCGGCCCAGCUGUGAGCCUGAAGUGCUCCGCUGCCGGCAAUCCUACGCCGCAAAUUUCAUGGACACUGGACGGAUUUCCGCUGCCAUCAAACGGAAGAUUUAUGAUCGGACAAUAUAUCACUGUGCAUGGCGAUGUAAUUAGUCAUGUUAACAUAAGCCACGUCAUGGUGGAAGAUGGCGGCGAGUACGCCUGCAUAGCUGAGAACAGGGCAGGACGAGUGCAGCACGCCGCUCGCCUCAAUAUUUAUGGUCUUCCUUACAUUCGACUGAUUCCGAAGGUAACCGCCGUCUCUGGCGAGACAUUGAAUCUAAAGUGCCCCGUGGCCGGGUAUCCCAUCGAGGAGAUCCACUGGGAGAGGGGCGGCAGGGAGCUGCCGGAUGACAUACGGCAGAGGGUCCAGCCGGACGGCUCGCUGACCAUCAGUCCGGUGCAAAAGAACUCCGAUUCCGGGGUGUACACGUGCUGGGCGCGGAACAAACAGGGUCACAGUGCCAGGCGGAGCGGCGAGGUGACGGUCAUAGUGCCGCCGAAGGUUAGUCCCUUUCAAACGAGCAUCCUGCAGCUGAACAUGGGCGACCGGGCCUCCCUCACCUGCUCGGUGGUGAAGGGCGACCUGCCGCUGACCAUCAACUGGCGUAAGGACGGCCGCCCCAUCGACCCCACCCAGCACAUGUCCGUCAAGCAGGUGGACCAGUACAAUAGCAUCCUGGUGAUCGAGAAUCUCGGCAGCGACCACACCGGCAACUACUCCUGUGUGGUGCGAAACUCUGCGGCCGAGGUGGAGAACUCGCAGGCCCUGCUCGUCAACGUGCCGCCUCGCUGGAUUGUCGAGCCCGUUGAUGCGAAUGUGGAGCGCAACCGCCACAUAAUGUUGCACUGCCAGGCUCAGGGUGUACCCACGCCCAGUAUAGUGUGGAAAAAGGCCACAGGCAGCAAAUCAGGAGAGUACGAGGAGGUCAGGGAGCGCCCCUUCACCAAGCUACUGGGCAACGGGUCCCUCCUGCUCCAGCACGUGAAGGAGGAUCGCGAGGGCUUCUAUCUGUGCCAGGCCAACAAUGGCAUCGGCACCGGCAUCGGAAAGGUCAUCCAGCUGAAAGUGAACUCCUCGCCGUACUUCUCCUCCACCUCCCGUUCCGUGAUGGUGAAAAAGGGCGACACCGCCCUGCUCCAGUGCGCGGUGAGCGGCGACAAGCCGAUUAACAUUGUCUGGAUGCGUUCGGGCAAGAACACGCUGAAUCCCUCGACCAAUUACAAGAUCUCAGUGAAGCAGGAGGCCACGCCGGACGGUGUUUCCGCCGAGCUGCAAAUCCGCACAGUGGAUGCCACCGACAGUGGUCCCUACUUCUGCCGGGCGAGCAACCUCUAUGGAAACGAUCAGCAACUGGUGCAGCUCCAGGUCCAGGAACCGCCGCAGCCACCCAGCGUCCUGGAGGCGGCCAUGAUCAGCAGUCGGUCAGUGAAUCUCAAGUGGCAGCCUAAGACCCUGGGCACCGGCGACGUCUCCAAGUACCUGGUGGAGUUCCGCGAGGCUGAUCCAGCUCUGUUUGUGGAGCAGUGGCAGCAAGUGGAGGUUAAGGACCCACCCACUUUUAAUGCCAUGAUAGAGAACCUUAAGCCGGCCACGCGAUAUGCCUUCCGGGUGAUUGCCGAGGGCUCUGCUGGACGUAGUGCACCCAGCCAGGAGCUGAUUGUUCGAACUGAGCCACAGAGACCGGCGGGUCCACCACUGAAUCUCUCCGCCCGUCCUCUGUCCUCCACGGAGCUGCUAAUCAGCUGGGUGGCUCCACUUCCGGAGCUGCGACAUGGCGACAUCCAGGGUUACAAUGUGGGCUACAAGUUGGCCAACUCGGGCAACACGGCCUACAACUUUACCUCGGUUUCCGGUGACGGUGAUGGCGGAAACGGAGAGCUGCUCCUGAGUGGACUGGCUAAGUUCCAGCGCUACAAUGUGGUGGUGCAGGCCUUCAACCAGGUGGGACCAGGUCCGCUCUCGGAACCAGCUACAUCCCAGACUAUGGAAGAUGUUCCCAGCCGCUCGCCAGAGGAUGUGCGAUGUGCCGCCUUGUCGUCGCAGUCCCUGCAGGUUUCCUGGCAACCUCCUCCGAUCUACCACACCAACGGUCUACUGCAGGGCUACAAGCUAAUCUUCGAGCCCAUCAUCGACGACAUCCAGCCCAGCAAGGAUGAGGUAGAGUCGCGCAAGACCACAGCCCUAACCAUGGUCCUGACGGGACUUCGCAAGUACACAAACUACAGCAUCCAAGUCCUGGCCCACACCCGAAUGGGUGACGGAGUUUUGUCCAAGCCCCUGUACUGCCACAGCGAGGAGGACGUGCCGGAGGCGCCGGCGGACAUUAAGGUAGUGGUUAGCUCGUCACAGUCUCUUUACAUAUCCUGGUUGCCGCCAACGGAGCCGAACGGGGUGAUCACCAAGUUCAGCCUGUACACACGAGUGGUGAACGGACGCGAGGAGCUGAACAACGAGAAGCGCAGCCUGCCGUCACAGCAGGCCUACUACGAGGCGAAGGGUCUGCAUCCCCACAUGGAGUACCAGUUCUGGGUGACGGCCAGCACGCGGGUGGGCGAGGGCAAGAGCUCCCGGGUAGCCUCUCAGAUCACGACCAACCGCAUUCCGGCCCGGAUCAUAUCUUUCGGCGGCCCGGUGGUGCGGCCCUGGCGCUCCACUGUCACCCUGCCGUGCACGGCAGUGGGCAAGCCCAAGCGGGAUUGGUUCAAGUCGGACGUGGUGCUGCGCCAGGGCGGCGUACACAACACACAGCUGCUGGACACCGGAGACCUGAUCAUCUCCAGCCUGGAGCUGGCGGACGGCGGCAACUACAGCUGCCAGGUGGACAACGGCAUUGGCACGGAUCGGCUCACCCACAUCCUCAUGGUGCAGGUGCCUCCCUCGGCGCCCACUCUUUAUGUGACCAGUGCCACCUCGAGCAGCAUCCUGAUGCACUGGAAGUGCGGAUUCACCGGCAACGCCCCCAUCACCGGGUACACCCUCUUCUACCGACGCGGCAACGGCAACACCGACGAGAUGCAGCUCUCUCGUCACGCCUCCAGCCACGAGCUAAAGGGCCUUGUAUGCGGCAGCACCUACCAGAUCUACCUGAGUGCCCAGAACAAGGUGGGCCCCUCGCCCUCCAGCAUCAUGCUGCACGUCCGCACCCAGGGCCAGUCUCCGGGACAGCCCUCCUCCACGGCACUGCUGGCGCCCAACUCUACCUCGCUCCUGGUCCGUCUCCACUCCUGGCCGGACAACGGCUGCCCCAUCCUCUACUUUGUCCUGCAGUACAAGGCGAUGACCGACGAUCCAGAUGCCGAGUGGGUUAUGGUCUCCAAUGCAUUGAAACCUCAACGUCGUCUGGUGGUUCCCAACCUGCUGCCCUCCACCCUGUACCACCUCCGCAUGGAAGCCCACAACGUGGCUGGUCAGUCGAGUGCCGAGUUCUCUUUCGUGACCCUGACCAAGGACGGGGACCCGCCGCCACCGGAGAUCGUGCAGCGGGGGCAUCGCGGCACCACCGUCUUCUACGGAAACAUCAACCUGCUAAUUCCCAGCAUUGCGGCUCUGUCCGGAAUGAUCUGCACCAUCGUCAUGGUCAUCAUCUGCUACAGGAACAUGCUUAAAAAUGCACGACCGCUCGCAGAGCAAAGCGCCCACAGUCAGAAGGAGUCCCUGGAGAAUCGAGCCAACUCGGAGGCGGCCCAGAGGGAGAGGUACUACGCCACCAUACACAAGGUGUCCAUGCAGAACAAUGACAAGAUUCCAGAAACCUCCGAGGACAUCUCGCCAUACGCCACCUUCCAGCUCUCAGAGGGAGCUGGGAACAUGUCGCAGCCGCACCACGGAGGUCCUGCCAACACGCUGCUCCACUCGUUCAUGUACCACGAGCGGGCCCUGGCCGAGGGCUGCUCGUCGCCACCACCAGCCGCGUCGAAGAACCGGAGGCGCCACUCCCGGAAGACGGAGCCGGAGAGCGAGGAGUCGGAGUCGGACCAGGACCAGUUGACCUCCAGCCGCACGGAGUCCUCCAACCAGCACGAGGGCAAGAUCAAGCACAGCAUCAUCUACCAUGGAGCACAGUCAAGCACCUCCUCCGAUCUGUCACCAAUGUCCGAACAGAAAUCGUUGCCCCGCCGCGGCCGCUCCAGGUAUCAUCACCAGCAAUAUCAGUUUUCCACCAAUACCACACCGCGCCACCACAACAGCAACAAAAUGAACAACAACACAAGCAACAACAUCAACACCACCAACAUGAACAUUAACAUGAACAUGAAUAGCACUGCCACAAAUACGACAGCCACACCAUCGACCAGCAAUUCGAACAAAAUUCUAUCGCCGCGGGGCGGCGGAAACCUCAAGUCCAUAUCGAGCACCUUCAAAUCACAAGACUCCAUUCAGUGCCACAUACCCACAUUGGUCAAGUCGCCAUCGAUUAGUACACAGCAGCAGAAACAGUUCCACAAACAGCAGGUCCUGGGUAGCACUAACGGUAGUAGCAGUAACGGUAACGGUAACAGUAACAGUAACAUGUCCUGUAACCCCAACUCGAACAGCAGUAGUUUGAAGCAACAGCAACCCCUCCUGAUCACGCCCAAGCUCCAUCAGCUGGAGGCCGGCAGCGGGCCGCAGGAGCUGAUGGGGCUGGACGGGAUCGGCGGUAGCCCCCUGGUAGCCUGCAUGCCGCCCUCCUCACAGUUCCGCCCAAUUCCCCACAAGUCCUCGAUAAUGCCCGCGCAUGAGCCACCGCACCACCAGAACCACAGCAACCACCUGCCGCCGCACCACCCGAGCUCGGGCUCCACCCUGCUCAACCCCUCGACGGCCAUGCUCUCGUCCAAGUUCUUCACAGCGCCCACGCUGCCCAAAUAGGAUACGGCCAAUGGGGGGGGUGAAUACGUUGGUGGUGCCAUGGAGGCAUUGGACGGUUUCGGCUACGAUAGCGGCGAGAUCUCCUGCACCUACAUGGACCCCAUUGAUCAGACAUGAGACCUGGCCUACGGUGAGGUGUGUGGCCCCCCUGAGGGAGCUCGUUAGAGUCCUGAUCUCGCGACCUGAAUUCUGUUUAGCUUUUCCGAUAUUUGAACUCCACUUAGACUUCUCAGAACUUUGAAUUCAGGUCGUGAAGGGGAGGGGCCACAUAGUCCACACACCCGACUAGAACGAUACACCAGCAGACUAGAACACCACCACUAGGAUACUAGGUCUUUAACUGAAUGAAUGCUUGAGCCGUGGUUGCACCUAAAAAAUCCAACUCUGGACCCUCUCUUGUACUUGCACCCCCAACCACCCCGCAACGAUUGCAACCCACCACCCAUCCAACCCCCAAAAAACACGCAUUCGCAUGCGGAUCCCAGGGCCGGGAUCCUGCGCACGCUGCAUCCGCUCCAGCUGCAGGCCGAGUGCUCCGGCGGAGGAGCCUUCCGCCACCAGACGCAGGACGGAGGGCUGGGCGAGCGGAUAGAGCUGGCGGAGGUCGAGUGCGACGUGGACACGAUCAAGAAGCUGAAGCUUGGACAGCGGUCCUCACUCUGGUCGCGCCCCUCCUCCACCACCUCCCAGCUGCAGCAGGAGCACCAACAGCAACAGCAACAGCAGCAGCGCCAGCAGCAACAGCAACAGCAGCAGCAACAACCCCACAAGAGAGCCCAUUCGAAGUCGCCGCAACCACAGCAACAGCAACCAUUGCAACAGCAACGCCAACAACAACAUUCACCCGCUCCUGGCCAGAAAUUGCUGAGCGAGAAAUCGGAUUAUUCGAUAUCCGUCUGAGACAUUGGUAAGAUCUGAUCGCAAGAUCAGCAGAUAGGAUGAUGGUCCCAGGGCCCCAGAUAGCCGGAGGACAUUGUCAAUUGAGCAGCAGCCGCCGGGCCGUUUUUUGUACAUUUUUGUAAUGCAUUUGUUACCUAAUCUUGCCCCAAAGCCCCAAAGCCCCCAAGCCCCAUGACCCGUAACCCCAUAACCUCGUAACCCCAACCCCUGACACUGUGAAAACUUUCGGACAAUCAGUAUCAAAAUUCUGCACAACCAUCCAUACCCGAGAAAACCAAGCAUACCGAACACUUCCCAUUACGAACUCCUGCCCGUAUCUAUAGAGCUCAUACUAUAUCUAAGUAUCAACGAUUGUGCAUGCUAUAUACAGGAUAUGCACUUACGCAUAUAUACAUAUAUAGUCGUAUAUGAAUGGCAUGUGUCCAGAGACGAGUCCCAGGUCAUUGUCGAACUUCCAGAAAUGUUGUGUGUACAUAUACUAAGUAGCCUCCUAAGCAUCCAAGUAACCACUACUCGAAACUGUAACUGUAACUCAACUACUAACUGCAAAACUAUCUAGUAUUCAGAUCGGUAUCAGAUCACCUCAAAUUGAACUGUUUUUGUUUAUCGUGUGCGGAAUAGGUCCUGUAGGACCUGUACUCCUCAAGUACUAUCCCACUUUUUGUUCUCUAUGGCAGUACGGAAUUAAGAAAAUGUCUUGAACUUUCAUAGCUACGAGUAGGGCCGAUCCACUCGGAUAUAUAUGCUGUACAAAUUUAUAUGAAUGUAUAUUUAGAUUUGUAUGUGUAUGUGUGCGUGUCUACGUCAUGUAUAUAGGACAUAGGUAUAUACACCGGGAUAUAUGCAAUCGCAAGAGUACUCAAGUAGUUGUUAGCGGACCGCCAUCAGAGCGGAUCGAGUAUCGAUAUUUGUAAAUAAUCAAAAGCUAAACCCUCAAAAGGACUGACACACGAAAAGAAUCAGAAGCAAGCCACAAUAAAUGUUAACUAUAUGUAUUCAGAAUAUAGACACGCGGAUCUAUCAAUUAGAUAAUACUCACACGACAUGAUAUCGCCAGUAUCCAUGCAAUUAGUGUUUCCAUUACAGUACAGUAACUGUCGUCAUUCGUCGAGUUGUAGAUAAAUGUUUUUAAAGAGCGGAUUAAGCCGAGUCAGUAGCGGAAUCAAAUACACAAGUCGUAAUCAAAUUUCGAAAUAUUACCAGUCAAAGGACAGAGGAGGCAGACUCAAUCAGAUCAGAUCGGAGGUGAGGAGCAGCGAGAACAAACUACAAAUUAAUAUAACUCUUAGUUCGUAUCGAAUAAUCCAAUUAAUACGAGUCAUAGUUGUAUUUUAAACUAGCCCAAAAAAGCAUAAGCAGCCCAUUGAAGCACUCGAAUUCAAGAGUCGAGCUAGAGCAGAGGAAGCAUUUCGGAAACAAUGUGCCAAAAUUUGUUUUUAGAUAAAGAGAAGGGAGAACCCCGUAUGGAAUUACGACUAUACAAUAAAUAAGCGAAAGCCACGCAAGCCAGUUAAUAGCAGACAUUAAUUAUGAGCAUACAAAUUAGAGAGAUUCCACAGCCACACGAUAUAAAGUCACAGAUUAAGGUGUUCACUUCGGAAGGACUUCAGUGUCAAGUCCCAAAAGAUAACAAUUCAUUUCAAAUCAAAUAAGAACUAAGCACUCUUUGUUUAUAUAGCAAUUGCAGCGAUUUAGUCGGUUUUUAUAUGCAUUUAUUUGUACGAAGCAAUGAAAUGGUUUAUUACAUUCAACAUCGAAUUUUACGAAUUUAUUGAAACAACAGCAAGUUGCGACUGGUGGGUGCAUGCCUCGCGGGUGCAUGCCCCGCAGCAAAUAUGCAAAGUCUACAAAUCAAAAGAGAAAUUCAACUUACAAUUAAUAGAUCACAAUCAAAAAGAUGAACAAAUACCAAGUACUAUACGUGAGAGGGAAUAAUUUUUAUGUUUAACAUAUAAUUAGCACAACAACUACAAAGUAAAAACUAUUAAUGUAAAAACAAUGGCAUUUAAAAAAUAUAAGAAAUAUUUAAAAAUAA